GUUUAGUUUUACAUUUACAUACAUAAACUCAACAAUUAAAUUAAUGUAAAGUAAUUUUAAAAUUACAUGCAAUUAAUGAAAUAAUUUAAUUGUAAGAGUCGGAUAAAUAUAUGUAAUUACAAUUGAGUGCGUAUGAACUUGUCAUGUGUAUAUAAUACAUUAUAUUUGAAUUGAUAUAAUAAUAAUAAUAAUAGAGUGUUGAAAGAUGGAUGUAAACACGGAUAAGUUUACUUGUUUAUUGCCAAGUAUUUACGUGUAAGUGUAAAUCGCAAUCCAGUACUGGUAAAUAAUAAUAUAAACAUACGCUGACGUGGGGAGAGACCGCGGGAAAUAAUUUAAAAGAGAGUUAAAUGAGAUUAACUAUUGCGCAUAGUGAUAUCAGUUAGAUUAGGGUGUGAGGAUUGAGGUUUAAUAUGAAGUAAUGAUACUAGUAAAGCUUCUAAUAGUAUCAAGAGAAGAGAAGAGAAGGAAGAGACCGAUGCCGAAGAGAGAGACAGGGCAAUUGGGGGAGGAAGAGAAGGAUAAAGAGACAAAGAUCAUGCUAACACCACGAAUAUAAAACGUCUUGAUAUAUAUAUAUACAUAUAUAAAUAUAUAUGUGCGUCUCGUAUAGUAGAUACUGUGAGGUUUAUUUGCAAGUAGUAGUUUUCAAACGACAAUACAUGUCGCGGUUGGUUCACCGCAGCAGUAGCAUCUCGCAAGCCAGUCAGAAAUAAUCCUUGUGCUCGUGUUCUGUUGCCUACACAGUGGCAGAUAAAAUUCAUCUGGUGGUUUUUUCAUCAGUAAUGUAUAGAGCGAGUCAUGACAGCGACUGAUUAUAAUGAACCAAAUGCUGAUUUAGACAGCACAAUGGCUCUCGACGACACAAAACGUUCAGCAGUAACCGGAGUAACAAAUAAUAAAGACGAAUCGGAUAAUUUUAAUAGUAAUCAUGAUCAGGAAGAACGUAAUCCAUUCAUUGGACAGCAAUCUGUUGUUUUUUUAACGGAUGAAUACAAGUCGCAAAAUUAUUUCAGCAGCCAAAACUCUAAACUGAAGGAUGCUCUUUCUAAGGAUGACAAAAUUUCGGCCAAUCAAAAUAAUCCACCUGAUGGCGGAAUACGCGCUUGGAUGAUUUUACUCGGGAGUUUUAUUAUCAAUGGAAUUUUAUUCAGUAUUAUUAAUUCGUAUUCUUUGAUGCAAGUUCAGCUUACGGAAAAAUUAAAAGAUCUUGGGGAGACUAGCGCUGAAGCUAAAGCAUCACUCGUUGGUUCACUCACAAUAGGGACGACUUUUUUUUUAUCACCAAUUGCUGGUAUUCUAACUGAUAAAAUAGGUAUACAAUUAACAACAUUUAUCGGUGGGUUAUUAGCAUUUGCUGGGAUGUUAUUGUCUUCAAUAUAUUGCGAAGAUGUGGUAAUAUUAUGUUUAACUUAUGGUAUUAUGUAUGGAACGGGCGCAAGUUUAGCAUACACACCAAGUUUAGUAAUUUUGGGACAUUAUUUCAAACGGCGCCUUGGUCUUGCCAAUGGGAUUGUAACUGCUGGAAGCUCGGUAUUUACAUCAAUAAUGCCGUAUGUAAUGAGCGCAUUACUCGAUCGCUUUGGAAUGGUCGGAGCUUUGAGAAGUCUGGCUAUACUUACUCUAAUAAUAAUGUUGUGCGCAGUUCUUUUCAAACCCAUAUCAAUGAAAGAAAAAUCAUCUGUCAAAGACAAAUCAAGUUCUCAAGAUCCAAAAUGUAAAAAAUCUACGAUCAACUUAUCGAUUUGGAAAAAAAAACGUUACGUUGUUUGGGCUAGUGCUAUUCCAUUGGCAUUAUUUGGUUACUUUGUGCCAUAUGUCUAUAUCGGGUCGUUUGUAAUUAAAAGUUUUGGAAAAGAAUUUAAUAGAAAAGUUCCAGUAAUGUGUAUUGGAAUAACAUCAGGAGUUGGUAGAUUAGUAUUUGGUUACAUCGCUGAUUUACCGCGAGUCAAUAGAAUUUUAUUACAACAGAUAUCAUUUAUCAGUAUUGGAAUACUUACAAUGCUUUUGCCAUUAACUCCGCCAUAUUAUUCAGCCUUAGUAGUGAUAGCUCUUUUAUUUGGACUAUUUGAUGGAUGCUUCAUAUCGUUGUUAGGCCCAAUAGCGUUUGAUAUUUGCGGUAAGAGCGGUGCGACUCAAGCUAUUGGAUUUUUAUUGGGGAUAUGUUCAAUACCAUUAACUGCUGGUCCACCGAUUGGCGGCUUGUUAAUUGACCACACAGAUUCCUAUACAUUGACCUUUAUUGUUGCUGGUAUUCCUCCAAUAAUUGGAGCGAUUGUAAUGUUUGCUAUUAACUGCUCGCGAAUGUCACGGUCACCAGUUAAUAAAACUAGCAGCACUUCAUCUAAAGACAAUCAAGGAACUGCAACAAGUCCUAAAGUUAUUGAAAAUAGUGAUUCUGCUUCAGAUACUCCAGAUCGUUCGACGUCAUGCUCAUGGUGCGGACGUACUGGCGGCACAUGGGAACCAGUAAGUGUGUCAUUGGCUUGCGAAGGUACCAGCAAUUCUGGAUUCACUAAUUCCAAUAGAUUUUGCAGCGAGGCUUGUUUUGCUGCCGGUAGACGCGCGGCUUUUAAACGAGCGCGAACUUGCGAUUGGUGCCGGCAUGUCAGACAUUCCGUUAGCUACGUCGAUUUUCAUGAUGGUGAAAGCCAGCUUCAAUUUUGUAGUGAUAAAUGUUUAAAUCAAUAUAAAAUGAACAUAUUUUGCCGGGAAACACAAGCGCACUUGGCAUUGCAUGGAAUACCAAGUGCAUCACCUACAAGUCCAAGUAGCGGUGGACUGAUAACACCGGAGCUCUGGCUAAGAGACUGUAGAUCCGCACCCCCUAGUCCAGAUGACGAAGCGCUUGUCGUUGACGACGAACCCAGUGAUUGGCCGAGUACCUGCGACAAACCGGAAGAUGAAUCUCACUUAACAAAAAAAAAUACCAAUGACAGCUGCUUGCAGUCGUCUGACAAUAGAAGUAGCAGCAGCAGUAUAAAUACCAAUAACCCAAGUAAUGGUAAACUGGACGUGGUGUACGUUGAUGACGAUGAGAAUGUUGAAGAAGCCAUCAGAGAGUCGCUGAAAGAUGAGGAGAGCCGCAGAUUACAGGAACGUAUCACCGAGUCAUCUAAAUCAUUAUCAAGUACGGAGUCGUCUCACGUUUCAAUUACUCCUGGUAUCUCUCUGAAUAAUAACAACAGUUCGACGAUUAAAAACUGCAGGAGAUCAACGAGUUCCUCACCUGAAAGUUGUAAGGAAUCGCCGCCAACGAAUUGUUCGAGAGAAGGAACGAUAUUUAUUAAGGAUGUGAGAAAGUUGUUGGUAAGAGAUGCAGUGAAACGUCAGCCGGGUUAUCGAUCGCGUCGAGUUUCAGGUAAACCUAUGUGGCUUCCAGAGCCUCAUCAUUAUCAUCAGCACAAUUAUAGUCACUAUCCAAUGGGAUUUAACGCAGCCAAAGGGUUCACGAAUCCCGCCGCGCAUAAGAUGCCAUUGCAAUUCACAAGAAGAAAUUAUUCCGAAACUUGUUCGCCGCCUCCGUCAACUGGAUCUCCGUCGUCUCUCCACCCAGGUGCUGCCAAAGUUUCAAAUACUCAGGGAGGAUUGUUGCCACCGGUCACUGUACUAGUUCCUUACCCAAUUCCUAUACCAAUACCUCUGCCUAUUCCCAUUCCCAUUCCGUUAUUCGCUAAAUUUUUCAACUCGAGAAAUACAGACACUGAAAAAACGAGCCCUUGUACAAAUGGAGACUCAGUAGGUCCUCAAGAUCUCUCUCGACGCAGUCAGUCUUUACCGCAAGCCAAUAGUCCGAAUUUGUCUAGUGAAAAAUUAAUAAAUCUCUCGGACUCAUCUACCUCGUCGUCGCCAGUUCUGUCCUCAGCUUCAACGGGUCCGUCUUUUUUCGCGACUGCUCCCAAACUUCAAACGCCAGCGGUGAGAAAUACAACUCCCAGACCCCUGAGGAAACGAAGACGGCUUACAUCCGGAUCCUCUGAUCAGGAUCUUAGACUGAAGCGACGGAGUAAAUUUGUACCAGUUUAAAUUUUAAAUUUGUUAUAAUUAUAGAAGUUGUUUUUUUUUUUUAAGUAAUUACUUGUGUUUUAAUUCAAAACGCAAGUAGUCUGUUUUUUUUUUAUUUUUAUCUAGUGCUUUGAGAUAAA